GCUUCUUACUCAGCGUUUGCUUCGGGGCCUGUGCUUUGGCUCAGUCGGUUUGCUCCUCCUCUUGAAUUGCACUGUGUUGCUAAAUCAGUGCUCACAUCUAGAUAUCUAAAAGCCGCCUAAGAUGGCUAUGCGCCAUCUGCGGCGCCUGCAAGAGCAGGCGGCCGCUAAAGCAGCUCCAGCCAACCCAGAACCAGAGGAGGAAGAGGAGGAGGAAGAGGAAGAGGAGUCUGUUGGUGUCAAGGCGCCGUUCAACCCCUUUGACCUGCUUUCGGACGACGAGGACGAGGCCGCGGCAGAUGACGAGGAAGACGAAGCGGAGGAGGUAAACGGCAAGGAUGAGUCUGAGGAGCCGGCACAGCCGCAGGCGCAGCAGCCGAACAAGGGCGCCGCUGCCGCUGCUCCUGCUGCGGCUGCCGCGCCUGCCAGCAGCAGCAAAAAGUCGAAGAACAAAAAGAAGAAGGGCAAGUCGGGCGGCGGCAAGGGCCAGGCCGCUGACAGUGACGAUGACAGUGCGCCGGCGGCGGCGGGGCCAGCGGGCGGUGGCAAAGCCGGCGGCAAAGCCAAGGGCGUCGCCGCUGCGGCUGCUGCACCCGCGGCUGCUGCGAACAGCCUGGAGGACGACAUCGACGCAAUCGUGCGAGAGCUGAACCUGACCACGGUGGGAGCUGCGGCGAGCAGCAGCGGCGCGGGGGCGGGCGGCGCCCGUGCGGCGGGCUCUGGCGCUCCCUCUGUGCUGUGUGUGGAUGUCAAGGGGCUCCGAGGCGACGACGAGCUCCGUCGCAUCUUCGGCUCUGAUGUGGUUGCGGCAGUGGACCGACAGGACCGUGCCCAGGCUGCGGAGCAGCGGCGGUACGGCAACGCAUCGCGCGGACUGCCGGGUGCGCGGCGGCGCGGGCUGGCAUUGAAGAAGGGCUGGCUUGUCGCGCCCAAGGAGCAUUGGCCACCGAGUGAGGGCGGUCUCAGCAUGGAGCUAGCGGGUCACAAGGCGGGCGUGCCGAUGUUCAAAUACACACACAGCCCGACGUAUCGCGACACGCAGGCGCGCUUCUACCGCUGCCAGGCCAGCUACGACCCCGCCACCAUCGCGGCGCUGCUGCAGCAGGCGCCGUACCACGUGGACUCGCUGCUAGCCAUGCACGACCUGUACCGCCACAUGGGCGAGAACAACUACGCGGAGGAGAUGCUCGACCGCGCGCUGUGGGCUCUGGAGGCGGCCUGGCACCCGGGCUUCACGCCCGCCACCGCCGCCUGCCGGCUGGACUACGGCGUGGAGGAGAAUCGGCCGCUGUUUGGGGCGCUGUUCCGACACGUGCAGGCUCUGUCGCGCCGCGGCUGCCAUCGCGCCGCACUCGAGUGCUGCAAGCUGCUGCUGGCGCUGGAGCCCGAGGACCCGCUGGGGGCCCUGUACCUGGUGGACUACCUGGCGGUGCGGGCCGGCAGGUACGACUGGCUGCAGCGGUUUGUACUGCAGUUUGAGGGCAACCGCUCGCUGGCGCUGCUGCCCAACUACGCCUUCGCCCUGCCCAUGGCGGCGCACCGGCGGCAGCAGGAGCAGGCGGGAGGCGGCGGAGGUGGCGGCAGCAAGGCGGCGGCGGAGCGGGCGCAGCCGGGCGCCAGCAGCAGCGGCAGCGGUGCGCCCGACCUAUCGGGCUCGUCGCCACAUGAGCUGCUGGUGGGCGCGCUGCUGCUGCACCCGCUGGUGCUGCCGCGCCUCAUCGCCAAGCUGCAGGACAAGGGCGCAGCCAAGGAGUCGUGGUGGAAAGACCUGUUAAACCGCAAGCUGUUUGCGGCCGCGGGCGACGGCGGCAGCGCGUCGCUGUCGCACCUGGUGGGCUUGUACGUGGAGCGCAGUGGCGAGCUGUGGAAGCCGCCGGACCUGUUGGCGCUGCUGCGGGCGGCGGCGACCGAGGCGGCGGACGUGGCGGAGGGCAAGCGCGCCCCCUCCAACGGCAUCACCGCCGCCGACUGGGCCGCGCUGGCUCGCGAGUCCUUCCCCGCCAAGUCCGCCAACGAGUAUGGACACUUGCGGCUCGCCGACUUCAGCGAUGCCGUCAACGCCCUCCCGCGGGAGGAGGUGGAGGCGGCGGUGCAGGGCGGCGGCGCCAUGGUGGACGUGGAGGACCAGCUGGCGGAGCUGCAGGAGCAAAUGAUCAUGGCGGCUCAGCAGCGCCAGGCGGCCGGCGGCGCCGCCGCGCCCGCCAUGACAGACGAGGAGCUGCGCGGCGCCAACCCGCUGCUGCUGCUGCUCCGGUCCAUGCUGCCGUGGGUCAAUGCCGGCCAGCAGCCCGACUACGCCGCUCCCGAGGCGCGCGGGGCCGCGGCAGGGGCAGCAGGGGCAGGGGUGGCAGGGGCGGCAGCGCCUGCGCCGCUGCCGGAGUAUGACGAGGACGACGGGCACUUGAGUGACGAGGACGGCGUGGUGCGGAACGUACGGCAAUAGUGGGGCUGCAGGAGGCUGUUGGGCAAUGUGGUUUGGGGGGUGCCAAGAACUGGUGCUGAAGUGGCGUGGGGAGGGUGCAGUGAAGGUGCGGACACGGGUGUACGGCCAGGUGGAUGUGUGUUGCAUGUAAUGUGUAUGAGGCGACAAUGUGGCAUGAUGAUGAGGGCAAAGCUGCUUUGGCAGCAGGAACAGUUUUAGGCAGAAGCAGUAGAACCGCGAGGAGGUCCCGGAUGUGCUUGCGGGUUUGACUAAAGGAGGGUCAAGUGAGUGCAGAGAGUUUGUGGUGAGGGCUUCCGAGCGGCAUGGGGUUUCCGAGAGGCAGAGCGUUACAAAUGCAUGCAUGAAUCAUUAGAUUAGAUGCUCGCGCGCCGGCGCAAGACUUGCGGGACUUCUUAGUUCGUACGUGCAGGUUUCCGGGAUCUGGCAGGUUGACAGCCUGCCAUCAACAGUUCAGGCGGCGCCAGGCAAGCCUGCCAGAAAGUAUGGUUAUCGAGUUGCCGUAUGUAAUGCUGUUUGACA